GGUCAAUACAUUGAAUUCGGACAUACGAAUCACAAACGGAAUACCUCUUACAAAUCAUGAAAUUGGUUGGAUAUGUGUUGAUAGUACUAUUUGUACGAUUUGUUGAUGUUGACAGUCUUCUCAUAUCAAACUGCCCACAUGGAUGGCUACCUCAUAGUGGACACUGUUAUGGUUUCUUUAAACAUCUAGUAAGCUGGUAUGACGCAUCUAGUGCGUGUAAAGCCCAUACAGGUUACUUAGCAACAAUUGAAACAUCAGACGAAAACGCUUUUCUUAAAGCUCAGUCAAAAAUAAUAAAUGCUAACUUUUGGGUCGGUGGUGAGGACGAUCUUAUAGAAGGGGAAUGGACGUGGGCUGAAACGGAUGAGCCAUUCGAUUUCACUGACUGGAUACCUUCACAACCAGAUAAUUCACAAGGAGAAGACUGUCUGUCACUUUGGAAAGCGAGUUCGUGGGAAUGGAAUGAUUGGUUAUGUGCAUCGCAUUCUUAUUAUAUAUGUGAAAAGUCAAUUUCUGGAUCUGGUGGUGCAAUUAUUGGGAAAUAAAUAUUGUUAGAAUCGACUUUUACCUUUUAUCAUAUGAUGACUUAACAGCACAAGUGUCGAUCGAGAAGUACAUUAAA